UACUACUACAACAGCAACGAAUCCCUCUCUCUUCAACAAUGUCGAACACUAGCGAAAACCCAAAACCCAGUUCAUCUUCAGCCAAAAUGACCCUAAAAACCUCAGACAACGAACUAUUCGAGGUUGAAGAAGCCGUGGCCAUGAAAUUCUGCACCGUCAAGCAAUACUUUGAAGACGAGAAAGACAGCGAUGUGGCCGCGCGUGGCUCCACCACCGUCAUCCCUCUCCCGAACGUUCACAGUGCCGUCCUCGCCACGCUCAUCUCCUACGGCAAGAAACUUCCCCAGAGCAAUGCCGUCGCAGACAACCAUGAGGAGGAAGAGACGAAGAAGAAAGAGAGGAAGAAAUACGAGCAAGGGUUGUUAAAGAACCUGAUGCCUGGGGAACUCCUAGACCUAAUAUCUGCUGCUAACUAUUUGGACUUCAAGGAAGGGCUGGAGUUCUUCAACCAGGCCUUGGCUGAUCACAUCCAGAACAAGAGCGUUGAGUAUGUUCGGAAGUUCUUUGGUAUCAAGAACGAUUACGAGCCCCACGAGGAGGAGAAGUAUCGCGAAGAGUAUGCUUGGGCUUUCGAGGGAGUCGAUGAGGAUUAGUUGAUUAAUACUCUUAUUCCUAAUCAGUAUCUUGUUAGAGUUCUUUAACUUUACUACUUUGUUAAGAAUUUCUGGGCAUGUUUUUUCUUUUCUUGUUUUUCUUGGUUCUUGUUGUUUUUCGUCUUUAUUUUUAGGUUUAGUUGUGAUGGAUUGGUUUAUGGAUUAUGGUAUGGUUCACGUUAGUUUACUGGUUUUUAA